ACCCAUGAUUCUCAGCGGCUGAACACUGCAGUGAAGAUGUAGAGAUUCUCAGAUGUUGGUUUCCUUUUUGGACUUUCAGGUCAAGCAGAUCAUGGAGGAGGCCGUGACACGCAAGUUUGUGCAUGAAGACAGCAGUCACAUAUUCUCUUUCUGCGGUGUGGUGGAAGCGUGUGUUCUUCACGGCCUGAAGCGACGGGCCGCUGGAUUCCUGCGCAGCAACAAGCUGGCGGCUCUCUUCAUGAAGAUGGGGAAGAUGUUUCCACCAGCCGAGGAACUCUGCAGAAAAGUUCAGGAACUGGAGCAAAUCAUCGAGAACAAACAAAACCAGGGUCAGAUGAGUCAAGAGAGCGUCCGGAAACAGCCCCGGCCUCCAAACCUGUCGCCGCUGGCCGUCAAACACCUGUGGAUCCGCGCGGCCCUCACAGAGAAGCUGCUGGACAAAAUCGUCCUGUAUUUGGUGGAGAACAGCAGCAAGUUUUAUGAAAGAGAAGCUCUGCUGAGAGAUCCAGUUGACGGCCCAAUCCUCGCAUCUUUGCUUGUCGGUCCCUGUGCUUUGGAGUACACAAAAGCCAAGACGGCCAAUCAUUUCUGGACGGAUCCGUCGGCUGAUGAACUGGUGCAGAGACACCGCAUUCACAGCGGACACUGCCGCCAGGAUUCCCCCACCAAACGCCCGGCUCUCAUCCAGAAGAGGCAGUCGAGCGGCAGCAUGGAUGACCGACCGUCUCUGUGGGCGCGGGAUUACGUCCAAUCUCUUCAUCAAAACUCCAGAGCCACGCUGCUCUUCGGGAAAAACAACGUCUUGGUGCAGCCGACAGACGACAUGGAAGCAAUCCUAGGAUACCUCUCUCUUCAUCAGACGGCCGAUCUGAUGACACUCAAAUGGACACCGAACCAGCUGAUGAACGGAAACAUGGGGGAGUUUGAUUAUGAGAAAAGUGUAUAUUGGGAUUAUGCCAUGACCAUUCGUCUGGAGGAAAUCGUCUAUUUGCACUGCCAUCAGCAAGAUUUGUGUAUCCAGAAGAGGCAGUCGAGCGGCAGCAUGGAUGACCGACCGUCUCUGUGGGCGCGGGAUUACGUCCAAUCUCUUCAUCAAAACUCCAGAGCCACGCUGCUCUUCGGGAAAAACAACGUCUUGGUGCAGCCGACAGACGACAUGGAAGCAAUCCUAGGAUACCUCUCUCUUCAUCAGACGGCCGAUCUGAUGACACUCAAAUGGACACCGAACCAGCUGAUGAACGGAAACAUGGGGGAGUUUGAUUAUGAGAAAAGUGUAUAUUGGGAUUAUGCCAUGACCAUUCGUCUGGAGGAAAUCGUCUAUUUGCACUGCCAUCAGCAAGAAACGAGAUCAUUCUGUGUUCUUCCUCAGGGAAAAGUGUUUCCAAAGCUGCGUAAAAGUCGUCCACAUGAAUCCAGCGAGUCGUUCUCGGACAAAGAGGAAGACGAGGCCACUGAUUAUGUGUUUCGGAUCAUAUUUCCUGGCAGUCAGGAGUUUGUGGCACCGGAGCUGAUGGAUCAGACGGUGAACAUGUGGCAGCCCACGCCUAGGAAGUCGUCUUGUUCCUCCUGUUUGCAGAGCGGCUCGUCGGACGGCGGCCUUCCCAACGGAUGCAACCAUGACAGGGCUCCACUGAAGCUGCUCUGCGAGACCAUGAAGCACCAGAUCAUCUCCCGCGCUUUCUACGGCUGGCUGGCGUACUGCCGUCACCUGUCCACCGUCCGCACGCACCUGUCUGCUCUGGUGAACCCCACUAUCAUUGAGCCCGACAUCCCCUAUGAUGCCAGAAGCGGUCUGUCCGCAGAAGUGUGGAAGACCUUUCUACAGGACAGCACUGCGUACGAGGAGAAGGAGCUGCUCCGGCUGGUGUAUUACGGCGGAGUGGAGCCGACUCUGCGUAAGGAGGUCUGGCCCUUCCUUCUGGGCCACUAUCACUUCAGCAUGAGCCUCACAGAGCGCAAAGAGAUGGACGAGCAGGUUCGAGCCUGUUAUGAGCAGACCAUGAGCGAGUGGCUGGGAUGUGAAGCCAUCGUGCGUCAGCGGGAGAAGGAGCAGCACGCCGCCGCUCUGGCCAAAUGCGCGUCAGGCGCCAGCGUGGACCACGGCUCGCGCCAGGACUCCACCAUCAGCACAGACUCGUCUCAGAGCAGCAGCUCCGAGAAACAGAGUCACGCCAGAUCACACAGCGACUCCAACAGCAGCACUCAGGUGUUCGGCUCUGUAGACGAGGUGGACCCGAUCGAAUCUGAGCCCAAACCCAAAGACGAGAAGCUGCAGCCCAAAAUCCCAAACGGCGCACUGCCCAACUGCACCAGUUCUCCAGACUCCGGCCACCCGUCAUCCCGUAACUUCUCCGUGACCUCUGCGCUCUCAGACUGCUCUCCCAGCACAGAGGAGACAUCCACACAAGAGUCUGGGCCCAAAACCGCAGGCCGAGAGUCACCGUCAGGAGAUCAGACGGAAGAGAAGACCAAAGAGGCGCGACCGGAAAACAGCUACACUACUCAGGACAUGGUCAAAGAAGAUGCUGAGGUUUCACAAACAGAGUGCGUUGCUUCAGAAGCUGCGAUAAAACCUUUAGAAAGUGAUAAACUCCAGACUUUGAAUUCAGAAGAAGAAAAACCCCAGACUUUGAAUGCAGAAGACGACAAACCCCAGACUUUGAAUGCAGAAGACGACAAACCCCAGACUUUGAAUGCAGAAGGAGACAAACCCCAGACUUUGAAUGCAGAAGAAAAACUCCAGACUUUGAAUGCAGAAGACAAACUCCAGACUUUGAAUUCAGAAGAAAAAACCCCCCAGACUUUGAAUUCAGAAGAAGACAAACUCCAGACUUUGAAUUCAGAAGAAACCUCUAAGACAGAAAUGCAUGAGGCGGCAGAUUCAGGGGAUGAUGCAAACUCAAAAAACGCAGCUGAUUUGUCUGAAAGAGAAACUAAAAUGCAAAACAGUGCUGGAAAAUCUGAACAAAAUGACAUGAACGAAUCACAACAGGAUCCUGGUGAAGAAACAACCAAAUCCUCAGAGUCAAAAGAGGUUGAGAUUAAAGAUCCUGGACAUGCGUCUUCUCCGUCUGGAGAAGAAAACCCAAAAUCAAAAGCAGACCCAGAAGCGUAUUUGAAAAUGGAUGAAGGCCAAGAUGCCAAAUCUGAUCCACAGCUGUCGCUGGACGUUACGAAAAUCUCUCAAACGGAUGAAAACAAACCUGAAUGUUCAUCUGAAGCACAGAAUGUGAUACGAACCCCGAAUGAAGCCAUCAGUUCGCCGCAAACAAUCGGCUGGGACGCCGGUCGAUCCAUAAUCAAACAGAUCACCGAAUCAGAGUCGGAGAGCUGCGGCCCCAUCACCUCCCUAUCGAAACAAUCUCCGGACAUGUCCGACGACUCGCCCUCGGCGCUGGAAAUGGAGGAGAUUGCUUCGUCGGUGGUUUAUAUGUCCUUGGAGAGCAGCGUGUCCAGGACGCCUCUGACUUUGGCUCGUCCCGUGGCGCCGGCUCUGGAGCUCUGCAUGGAGCCGAGUAUCAACACCAGUCCGGAGGGAACAGACUCGGCACUCUCCGAGGAGGAACCGGAGAUGGACAACUCAUUCCCCAAACCAGACUCUCUAGCCGUCACAGGAGACAAGAACGACAUCGCGUCUCCAGUGUCGUCUAUCGGGACCACCUACUCGCAGGAGCUGGUGGACCUUUACACACUUAAUCUGCACCGCAUUGACAAAGACGUCCAUCGAUGUGACAGAAACUACUGGUAUUUCACCCCGGACAACCUGGAGAAACUGCGCAACAUCAUGUGCAGUUACGUUUGGCAGCACCUUGACAUUGGAUACGUCCAGGGAAUGUGUGACUUACUCGCGCCCCUGCUGGUCAUCCUGGAUGAUGAGGCCAUGGCCUUCAGCUGCUUCACUGAGCUCAUGAAACGAAUGAACCAGAACUUCCCCCACGGAGGAGCCAUGGACACACACUUCGCCAACAUGCGCUCCCUCAUCCAGAUUCUGGACUCGGAGCUGUUCGAGCUGAUGCAGCAGAACGGCGAUUACACACACUUCUACUUCUGCUACCGCUGGUUCCUCCUGGACUUCAAGAGAGAAAUGGUGUACGACGACGUGUUCUCGGUGUGGGAGACCAUCUGGGCCGCACGGUUCGCCUCCUCGGAGCACUUUGUGCUGUUUAUCGCGCUGGCGCUGGUGGAGCUGUACCGCGACAUCAUCCUGGAGAACAACAUGGACUUCACCGACAUCAUCAAGUUCUUCAACGAAAUGGCUGAGCAUCACGACGUCCCGAAGCUGCUGCUCAUGGCCCGAGAGCUGGUGCACAAGGUCCAGAUCCUGAUUGAGAACAAGUGAACCGACUUCCAUUAGCAAUCUGAAGACGCUCAGUGUCAUUAAACAAACCCUC